AAAAAACACAAUAACAGACCAGGAAACGGUGCCACACGUAAGGCGCUAGCACUAUUCUAAUACCUACUACAGAAACAAUUUACGAGUCCGAGAUGAACACAAUGCAUGAAGAAGUAGAGUUGGAGAAAAGUGUAAGGCGACUGAGAGAGAAAUUUCAUGGAUUAAUUGACAUUGACAGGGCGGUUUUACUCAUGCGACGCUACAUGAACGAUCAUCAAAUGGUGGCAAAAUGGGUCGCCCUAAUGGCCAAUGCUGACAGGGACCUGGAUGACGAGGAGCGACGCACGCUGAAAAAUGAUCCUGUUGUUAAGAAUGUGGUUACGAAACUCAAGGCUGAUGAAAGACAACAGGAAGAAAACCCCACCAAGACAUCUGGAUCCAGUGCUACCAGUUCUUCAGCAAAGCCCAAUUCAAAGAAAAGAACAAAUGAGGACAAACAUUUAGUGGAGCUUGGCGAGCGUCUACGAGUUUUGCCGUUAACAAUGGAAAACAAACGUAUGUUCGACCAGGCGCAGGAAAAUGAGAUCCCUGCCACCACACAUCAGUUUGCCUGUCAGUCAUGUGACAGGGACUGGUGGCGACGUGUCCCACAAAGGAAAAGAGUGUCUCGCUGUCGACGGUGCAAAAAGAAGUAUGACCCCGUACCGCCCGACAAAAUGUGGGGCAUUGCAGAGUUUCACUGUCCAAACUGCGCUCGUUCUUUUAUGGGCUUCGGUCGGAUGGAUGGACGUUCACCUUGUUAUGGGUGUCGUUCAGCCAUAUUCCCAACAAGGAUUUUGCCACCAAAGAGGAGAGUGAUGUCAGGAGCCAGAAGAAAGAAUCAGCACAGCUGCCUGGCUGAAGACUGUUUUAACAGAAUGGAGCCCCAUGUACCUGGUACCGAAUGUGUGCACCCUCGUAGCAGACAGAAGAACAGGAAACCGCGGGUGGUGUACCCCAGCCCAGCUCACAUUAGCAGCGGAUCCACUGUAAACACAUGCCUGAGUCAAGGCAGUCUGCUGGAGAGCAUUAAUGAGCUGAUUCUGGAUGACAUUGAAGAAGAAUCUGAUGAAGAGUCUGAUAUCAGCAGCUGAGACAGCAAAGAAAAUGCUGAGCGAAUGCAACUUUAGCUAUAUGGAACGUUGAUUUCAAACAUCAAUGCGAUGCAAAUUAUAAGAAAUAAUAAUAAAAAGUCUGAAAUACAAUAUCCCCUUAAACAAUACCAUGAAAGAAAGUCCAUGCUUACAAAUAAACUUAAUUAUACAUUA